AUCUAUUUUCUAUACCACUUUGAUUUUAGAAUUCUAAUAUAGCAUGACAUAAAAUGUCAAUUUGUGAUAUAUACCAAUAAAAUAAUAUAAAUAAUUCCAAAAUUCAUCAUACCAAAUUACCGUAAUAAGAUUUGGUUUUUUUAUCAUGAAAGUGGAACACUACUAUCCACCGAAUAACCAUCUUUUGACUGAACCGAAAUAUGGGAGAGCAAAAAGGAUAAAAAUUUGGAUCAAUGGGGAUACUUACUGCAACGAAUUUUCUAUAAAUCCGAAGAAUUUUAGAAGUUGGAUAUCCAUUUUAAAUCAUUUUUCUGUUAUGAUGAAACCUGGUUUUGGGGCAAUAAGGAAACUGGUGGCAUUGAGUUCUAUGAAAGUUGUUGAUUGUUUCGAAGAUUUGGAUCCUUGUGAUAAAUAUGUUGCUCUUGGUGUCAGUUGUCGACUUAAAUUUCCACCUGGAGGUUACAACAGCAAUUCCGAAAGAGACCUAUUAAGUCAGCAAAAAGUAAAAAAAAAAUUAUAUAAGGGUGAAAUAAAUUACCAAAAAUCUCCGUUUCUCAUAGAGUCUGAGAAAAAGAAGUUAACAAUAAUUUAUAUAACCGUGAAUGGUAGAAAUAAUCAAGUUCCCCAGAAAGCAGUAUUUAAGGAAAACGAAUUGCAAAACUGGAAUCUUAUUAUGAUAUACUUGUCUAAAAUACUUGAUAUACCGGAAGGCGUAGAAAGUAUAUGCACGAUUUUUGGAGAUGUCUUAGAAAAACCGAUGCAAUUCCAACACGGUUUUUUAUAUGUAGCGAUACCUUUUAAAGAGUCCUUUAUCGACAUGGACUACUUAAGUUUAUUUAAGAAAGAAAAUAAUUUUAGGAAAAAUUACAUUUUGUCUAUUAAACCAAGCAAUGGGUCAUCCAGUAACAGAGGUAGUCCAAGAAUUAAAAAAUCAACUAUGCCCACAUAUCGGAUUGAAAAAGGUCGUACCAAUCAAGAUCCUGCGUAUUGUCCUUGUUCGCCAAAAGCAUCUUCGGAAAAGGAGCAAUCUAUGUCUUCUGAACCACAGUUUCAAACACGUAGCAAGGCAGCAUACGACAAACAUUUGCAACGAUGUGCUAUUGUCAGAAGGAAAGUAAAUAGCGCACGAAUGAAAAAAGAAGUUGCUGAUUCUAUAAAAGCUUACGAACAAAGGAUCGAAAAAAUUGAAAAAGAAAAACUCCAAAAAAGUAAAACGUAUUGCGAAUUAGCGAAGCGUGAGAAAAUUAAAAAAACACGUGGCCAAACUGCAGUUGCAAUUAUCCAUAAUCCUCCAUGUCCAACAAGAACAAAACAGUACAGCAGAGAUGGAAAGCCUGAUUCUGGAUACAAUAGCGAAGAUAGAAAAUCCAUGAUUGAAUCUGUAAAAUCAGGUUCAGGAGAUGCUACUGUAAAAAGAAAAACUUUUAUAUCAACUGCAAAAUCAGAAGCAGCUUUAGUGAGAAAAAUCAGUAGCGACGAAACAACAAUGGCAUCGUCGAGUUCAACAAUAACUCUAAAAUCAGGAUCAAAAUCAGGACAUGGAAAACAACACGAGGAUACUACUGAAGUCCCAAUAAGUCCGUUUAAAGAUAGCGGCAUUCCUACAUCAACAAAAAGCAGUCAUAGUACGACAGUAACGACAGAUUCCGAUGAUUUUAGCAAAAAUGAAAAAGGCUUAACCUUUUUAAAAGAACUUUCAACGGAUUUUAAAAUUGAAAGAAAAAGAAGCGGCGCUAUAUCUGUAAUCAAAGAAGUUUCUGAAGGAACGUCUUCAUUGUCAGAAACUGAAACUAAAGAAAUUUUAUCUCCUAAAGGCAGACAAAUGUUCAGUACAUCAUCUGAUUCAAUUAAAGAUACAUCUACAGAAGAAAAAAGUUGUGAAAAGGCUCUGACUGCUACAGAGUGGAACGUACAGAAAGCGAAUUCAUCAGCUGACAGAUUACGAGCACUUUUCCGAACCUAUUCGAGUAAGGAAGAAAAUUGUGAACAAGAAAAAAGGAACAGCGGCUCUAAAUCAUCGUACACCGAUUCUUUGUUGGAACAAACCGAUAGCGGAUCAGAUCUACUUAAGGAUUCUAUGGAAAACAUUAACCAAACGACUUUUGAAAAAAUAGCAAGCAACAAAUCGAGCGAAACACAACACGUCACCAUUAACUAUUCAAAAGCGCAAGGAAAUAGAACAACAUCAUGUCCAACGAUAAUAAUUCCCCAAAAGUCGUCGUUCGCAAAUACGAGUAUUUCCCAAAAAUCAAUCGACGAUACCGCUCUUGUACCUCUUGUCCCAGCGCUAUCUCAAACUUCAUCGUUAGACGUCAAUUCCGGAUCGCAUCUUUCUUGCAAAUCGGAAGAACGUUUACAGAUAAACGAAGAAAGGAAUAAUCAAAUAGUAGUUAGAGGAGAUGUCAAGGCGAAAUCGACAGAUUCGUUCAGUAUUGAGAAAUUUAUUAUAAAAUCGGAAGAUGUCACUGUGUGCGAAAUUAACAGUAAAGAAGCCACUUCGACGACAGUAAUAGUUGUAAAAGAAAUCGAAAGAGCAGAAUAUUCUAAGAUCAUAUCUUCAACAAAAAUCAUAGAAGUCUCUGAUUCUUUGGAGGUGCUUCCGGAAACUGAUGCCCAGUCAUACACGUCUUCGUGCCUAGCUAAUGACCAAGUUUGAUAAUUUUUAUAUAGCCAAUAUGUCGAAAUCAUCAAGUACCAGCAGUAGUAGCUUUACGGACCAAACAAUUAUUGCUUCUCCUAGUUUCAAACCGGUGAAUUAUAGAAUACAACAAAAUGUUAUUGAAAUUAGGGAAAUUAGAAAUUCAUAUCAAAAUCAACUUCAAUGUAUAUGUAAGGAAUUUGGCGGUCCAAAUCCAGGAUGUGUUUCAGGACAAAAUAGUAGGGGAAUCAAAGACAAUGUUAAUUAUUCAAUUACGGAUUCAAUCAGAAAUUUAGGUUUUCUAAGUGAAGGAAUUGUAAAAUGAAGCUUAUUUAUAGUUAUUCAAAAUUUAAUGUUUAAUGAUUAGUUUUAUAAAUAAAAUUUGUAGCUACGAUAA